GUGGUACAAUAUUAUUUUUUGGCUGUAAACAAGAACAUAGAUAGAAACACUACUAUCGUUAUAUUCAUAUUAGAGUAGCAACCUAAAAGUAAAAAUCCAACACAAAUCCAAAAGUGGUGAACAUUUCUCACAUUUUUUUAGUCUUGGUAGGUGAAUAAUUUGGUCACAACAACCUAAUAUUCACCGUGUUUGUCUAAAACGGUUUUCCUUUCAUCGAUUUAGACAAACGCGGUGAACACUGGUUGUUGGUCAAACAAAUAACCUGCCCACGUAGCUACCGGACCAAACUCCUCCCCCAUUUCUGCCGAACCCCUCACCCAUUUCUGCCAAACCCCUUCCCCAUUUAAUACAAAAACUCUAAUUUAAGGUAUGUUUUAAUUUGAUUGUUUAGAUUGUUGAUGUUUUAGUAGUUAUAUGUUUGUAUUUCACGAAUUACUGUUAGUUAGUUAUCGUUUUAGAUGAACUUGUUUAGUAUACUCAUGUUAAAGUAAUGCUAAUUAUGCUACAUGUUUCGAUUAAAGCUGAUCGUUACUGUUGGGCAUGUGACUCGGAUCUCUCCCCACUGAAGAAACACUAAGGAUAAUCACGCCAAAGAAUGGCGCGCGAGUACACCGGAGUCAAGCGCCGGAGUCGAGCGCGCAGGUCGCGCCGGAACCAAGCACGCCGGUGAAGACCACCCCCGGAGGGGCGCGCGCGAAUACUAAACGACGACGCGUCACCCAGGCGUGGGCCCUUAUCGAGAAGCCGCAGAAGCGGCGCCGCAUCACCCAACGGGUAGUCACCAUCAUAGUCCUAGGAAUAGUCCUGCCUGUGUCAGGAGUAGUCACAUCAGGGUCCUAAAAGCAUGGACUAAAUCCCUGGCAUGUCAGUGGUCAUAUCAUUGUACCCACUUGUAACCCAACCACUCACCCACCACCAUGUAGCCUAUAAAUAUGGCAUUUACUCCGGUGGGUGAGGGGAUCGGAUUUUUCAAACUCUAUCUCUAAGAUCAACACUUUCUCUCACUAGACACAUUCUCUCUAUCUCAGCUCCAUCCUCCCUCUCUGUUAUCCCAAAGUUCUCGUUCAACUAAGCCAUCCAUUCUUCUCGACCCAUUCUCGUGAACCUCACUCCUACACUCAGUUAGGUUCAAACAAUUGGCGCCCACCGUGGGGCCUGAAGAAAAAAUGGCAGAACGAAACUCCAACAUACUCGGCGAAGCGACCCCCAUCAAGGCAAUGACGGAGCCUAGGGUGUUCGCGGGACUCGCGGAAGCUAGUAACCGCGACGCGGUACUCAUCGAGGAAGAAGAGCCCGAACUGACGGCCAAGGAGAUGAGGCAGCUGGUGACGAAGCAAAAUGACGUAAUUGCCGAUAUGCAAAAGCAGAUGAGCCAAGUUAUUGCGCUCAUGAUGAGCAGAGAAGCUGCGGCAGCGCCGAGCGCGCCGUCUGACGCGUUACUGCUAACGCAAGGAGGGACAUCAGACGAUAUCCCGCCACCACAUCAGACAGCGGUCGAGUUGACCGCGCCUGAAGCCCAGCCAUACGAACCACCUGGAAGAGCGGACCUCAGCUUCUUGGAGCAGCACCUGUCCCCACAGUUCCGCCCCAAUCCACCUAGAAAGGCCUUGCAUCAACCGUUGUGCGCGGAGAUCAUGGCGGAACACUUGAGCGGGACACCACCCACCCUCCCCACGUACAACGGAACAACCGACCCUGAGGAUCACGUCAGCACCUUCUGCCUGCGGAUGCAACUCCAAACCAACUCUAACGCGGCACUGUGCCGGAUGUUCCCAUCAACAUUUUCCGGGAUAUGCCUCGACUGGUAUAACCCCCUCCCCAAUGGAAUCAUCCGCUCUUUCGAAGAGUUCAUACUCCUGUUCACAACGAAGUUCACGUCACAAAAAAGAAGGCCUCUCCACCUCAAGGCGCUGAUAGACAUCCGCCAGAAGGAUGGAGAAAGCUUGCGGGCGUUCUACGCCAGGUGGUCCAGGGUGGCAAUGGCCGUAAGAGAUCUCACCCCAGAAACCGCCGCCCAUCACCUCAUGGACGCCACCACUAGCAUGGAGCUCAAAAGAACGCUAGCAAAGAGACCAAUCACGCUAUCUACGGAGCUUGAGAUCAAGAUUGAAAAGGCCAUCACUUUGGAAGAGACGUUGGGCGCGGGCUCCAUCAGACGUUUCAAACCCGCCAAAAUGCCCAAAGAAGAUCAAGCUCGCAGGCAACUUCCCGUGCCGCGAGACCAGCUGUUGCAAGCGCACAGCGGCGCCAGAUGCCCACCACCUCCUCUAGAAUAAGCCCAUCGGGGACGGUCGCCAGAUAGGCG